AUGGUUGUGGCUUAUAAUCAGGAGAGGACAGUGACCAUACGGAGACAGACCAUCGGUGGUUUUGGCCUGAGCAUCAAGGGUGGAGCUGAGCACAAAAUUCCUGUUGUCAUCUCGAAAAUAUCAAAGGAACAGAAAGCUGAACUCUCCGGGCUGCUUUUCAUUGGUGACGGUAUCCUCCAGAUAAACGGGAUAAACGUUCGGAGCUAUCGCCAUGAGGAGGUGGUGCAGGUUUUGAGGAACGCAGGAGAGGAAGUGACUCUGACCGUGUCCUUUCUGAAGAAGACGCCGGCUUUUCUCAAGCUUCCUCUCUGCGAAGACUGUACAUGUAUUCCCAGUGACCAGAGCAGCGGAACCUCUUCUCCUCUGUGCGACAGCGGCCUGCACUUGAACUAUCAUCCCAACAACACGGACACGCUGUCGUGCUCGUCGUGGCCCACCUCGCCGAGCCUGCGCUGGGAGAAGAGAUGGGUGGACCUGCGCCUCAUCCCCCUGCUCCACUCCCGCCUGUCCCAGUACAUGCCGGGCUCUGACGUCUGCAGGAAAAAUGCCUUCCAGGUCAUAGCAGUGGAUGGGGUGUGCAGCGGCGUCAUCCAGUUUCAGACCACAGACGACGGAUUCGACUGGCUCCAGGCCAUCGGCGGCAACAUCUCCAACCUCACCAAGCACAAUGAAAGACUAGAAUGA